AUUCACGCCUGCAUCCUACUCCCGCAUCCAUCGCUACCCCGACGCCUCCACGAGCAUGAUCAUCGCCGCCCUCUCCCCGCCCCGCCGCCUUCCUUCCAUGCCAUCAUCAUGAGCAACGACGGCAUCCCCGACGACGAGGUCGUCGCCCUCACAAAGGCCGCCUUCGCCCAGUCUCGUGAAGACAUCAACAAACGUGCCCAAGCCGCCGAUCCCACUGCUGCCCGCGAGCAGCUCCAGAACCAGCCCGGCAUCACCAUCGACCUCGGCCACAAAUACAUCGCCCGCCUGCCAGACGAGGUCAUUGAUGUGAUCCGCCUCGAGAUUGAGAGGCUUGCCCUCUCCCACAACCUCCUGAGCACCCUGCCAAGCCGUCUCAUAGAAUGCAAGCGCCUUCGUUACCUCAACGUUCGCUACAAUGCCAUGCGCGAGAUUCCCGAAGCCAUAUUACAAAUGACGUCGCUGGAGAUCCUCGACGUGAGCAGGAACAAGAUCCGAGCCAUUCCCCAGCAGAUUGCCAACCUUACCUCCCUUAAAGUACUUGCUAUCGCAAAGAACAAGAUCGAGGUUCUUCCGGCCUGCCUGGGUGAAAUAAAUAGUUUGCAGGUCUUGAAGCUGGACGGCAAUCCUCUCUCCUUCCCCCCACCCGAAGUUUACACCCUGAACACAAAGGCACCUCUGCCUGCCAACGACAAUGAGAGAGAUGCUGUUAUUGCAACCCAAGUCAAAAAGUUCAUGCGUCAGCACAUGAAUAAAGAGAAGCAGCGCGUAGAGCUCGAAAGACUCAAGAUCGAGUCAUCUAGUGACGAAAGCUGGUCCGAAACCAAUCCAGAAACCCCACGCCCCUCCCGACGUAUCAAUGGCGGCAGAUUUCCCGUCAAGCCUAGCAUUGGAAGUGUUGAUGGUUUUACCGAAAGCCGCGCAGAUUCUCCCGGCAUAGCCCCGCCCAUUCCCCCUCGAGCGCAUUCCCGAGUUGCUUCUCAAACGAACGGAGGUCCUCGCAGGCCCAACCUAACGCCAUUAAUAUUAACAAAUGGUAUCAACGAAAGAAAUCGAAGCCAGAGUGAUGGCAGCGGUUCUGGAAGUCAUCGACUGAAACGCAUGGGAUACCAUGCUGGUAAGGGCUCAGAGUUGGGAUCCGUGGAUGAAUAUGAAAGGACAAAACACUUCCGCAAUUUCAGCCAAGGAUAUCCGUUCGCCAGCAGCAAUCGGGCCAGUGGUAUGUCAGGGCCGGCCACGGCUAUGGGUUAUGGUGACAGCGGUACUGUUCGAUCUCUUGCCAACCGACCGCUAUCUGAUGUUCGCGAAAACAAGCGAGGCUCUCAAGCACCCGAUAUUGUUGUGGAGGCCUCCAGGAAUUUUCUGUACGCCAUGUCCCAGUUACACGAUCCAAUAUCGCACAUGAUGCGCUGUAUGAAACGCACUGCCCGGACCAAGGAGGAUUUGCGACGAAAAGAGAAUUUCUAUCAGCGCUACUCGGCCACCUACUUGAAUGUAAGGGCUCUGAGCGAGAUUCUUCUUCGGUUCGAUAGCCUUGCAGAGGAAGAUGAAGAGGAUGCACAGAAACUCUCAAAGUCUAUAUAUCAGUACGCUGUGAGAUGUCUCGACUCUUUUCUUGCCAUCAGCCUAUCAGUGGCUGAAAAUCGCAUCGAAAUCACCGCAAAUGCCGAUCCACGUAUUGUGCGGUCAUUCCUCUUUCUCCAGCAAGGAACCUUGAUUGAAAUGAGGAACGCGUGCCAGAUAUUGGGCGCUGAGUUUCGUGAUGAGUUCCGGGAGCCACCACAGAUGUCCCGCGCCUCCAAUAAUACUAGCGUCGACAAUGUGACUGCUGUACGCACUCGCCGGCCUCUGACUCUUCGGAAAUAUCAACAACCGUCUCCUCAAAGAAACGGUGGAUACCAGGCACCACCCCCGCCUGUGGUACUGCACAGCAACGACAGCAGCAGGACAAAUACUCUGACGAGCAUGACUAGUGCCACCCCCCGAUCAGGCGAAUCAUUCUCGACCUUGGGCACCGCCAUGUCACGGACCAACACUUUGACCAGCACGUUUGAACAAGCAGACGACGAUGCUCAGUUCGAAAGGAUAUACUCCAAAGUUAGAAUGGCUUGUGAGAACUGCCAGACGUCCAUUCCACGGAUACUGGGAACCCUCAGAGCCACAUAUGAGCAAUUACGAAGGGACUUCGAUUCCGAGCACCCUCGUCUCAAGGCUCUAGCCAGCAUGAUCGAGAGAAGCUAUGAUGUACAGCAGACAUCUGCUCCGUUGUACGAUCGAUUGAAUCGAAUGCAAUUGGGCGAUAGCGAUUCCCGUGAUCAGCCUGAAUUCUGGCAACAGUGUAUGGGAUUCAUCAAGGCGUGGGGCGAACUAGCAGCUGCUAUGACUGGGCAAGGGAGGAAUAUGAAGCUCCUGAGCUCUGAUGUCAAACAGAUGAUGAAGCCUCUUCACAAGAUAGUCAAAGAAGCCAGUGUCGCCAUUAGCGAUUCGCCUUGGUCCAACCUGACUUCUAGCACUCCAGGGAUCGUAUCCUCGCUUUCUUCUUAUACCUCCAGAACCCAGCCACCAAAGUUCCUCAACAAGCCAACCCUGUCAUAUGGCGGAGGUUCUUCUUUCCCUGGCCCUAUCAAUACAUCUAUCACUUCGGUCUCAUCGGCCUUCUCGCAGCCUUAUACUGGGACCAGUCUUGGGUCGCAAGGUUCUGGGGGUUACAUUACCCCCGUGCCAGCAACACCGCUCAGUGCGGCAUUGGGGGCAGCUGCACAAGCAACUGUCCCAAACCCACACACACCGAACCCCCUUGGCCUUGCGCCAACGAAUACAAUAAGUUUCAACGAACGCGCCGACAGGUAUCUGAGUCAAACAGCCCGACGCCAUUAG